AUGGCUUUCGCACUUCUCAAGCCCAUCAAACACGACGUAUAUCCGUUCAUUGACCCAGCUCAGAAUCUGAAAGAAGCUGCUCCCGGCAAGACCGUCCUGGUCACGGGCGCAGGCACUGGCAUCGGCCGAGGCAUUGCUACGUCGUUCGCACAAGCUGGAGCUUCCUGCCUCAUCCUUGCCGCUCGCCGGACGGAGCCCUGGAAAAGACUAAAGCAGGCAUCGCCAAACCUGCGCCAGAAUGCAAAGUCAUUGUCGCCAGCGGCGUUGAUGUCGCGGACCUUGCAUCGGUGGAAGCGUUCGAUAUCUGGCUUCGCCGCGGUUGCCGACUCGGACCCGGAGAGCUGGUGUCGUACAGUAGAUGUUGAUUUGAAAGGACCGUAUUACGUCGCCCGUACAUACAUUCGUGCGCUGCGCUCCACAGGCAAGAAGCUGCGGGGGUUUAUUAUCAACGUGACGAGCAACAAUGCUUGGCGCUACAUUUCAGGUCUCUCGUCGUAUGCGGCGGCCAAGAUCGGCCUGAAUGCCCUGUCGGAAUAUAUUGACAAAGAAGGCGUCGCGGAAGCGGCAAGUGGUGACGACAGGCCGGAGGUGCGCUGCGUGGCUAUGCAUCCGGGCGGUGUAUACAGUGAAAUGGUUGAGCGUGGGGUUGCGGCGGGGGAUAUGCCGGAGGCUAUUGUACCUUUGUUGAUAGAUCAGCCCGCGUUGCCGGGUGGGACGGCGGUGUACUUGAGUACGGAGAGGGCGGAGUUCUUGUAUGGAAGGUUCGUCAGUGCCACGUGGGAUAUGGAAGAACUAGAGAACCUGAAAGAACGCGUCGUCAAGGAGGACCUGUUGAGGAGCAGAGUUCUCGGAGUCAACGUAUAAGCGUGCAAGUUGGUACAGGUCUAAGCACGACAGCUCACCAAUAUGGAAGACGAACUUGCGCUCGCACCCGU